AUGCCAUGGCUUGAAUGGUCAGAUUAUCCUAUUUUCCUUGGUUGUGCUGAUUUGGGAAUAAGCAUACAUCGAAGUUCUUCGGGACUAGACUUGCCAAUGAAAGUGGUUGAUUUGUUCGGUGUCAACGUACCUGUAUUGGCGCUCGGUUAUCCAACACUCGAUGAAUUAAUGAAGGGAAACAGUUAUGGCUUGUGUUUUGAAACAUCUCAUCAACUAGCAGAACAGAUGUGCAACUUAUUAAAACCUUCCCAAAUUCGCAUUGAUGAAAAUGUAGAAGAAUCCAGUCGGUUUCUAUCUGUUGGAUCUGAAAAGCUCUUCGAAUUCCGAAAAUCUAUUAAACGAAGAAACAACAGCAUAGACGGGUAUUUACCUACUGGAAAACCACCGUAUUUCCAGUCCUUGAAAACGUCACAACUAACUCAUGUGAAAAUAAAACACAUUAACCAGGAGCUUUAGGUAGAUAACGCAAACGAUGUAUGAAUUGUGAUACUAAACAAAAAUCUUUUUAUGG